AUGGCUUUGGUUAUGGAACCUAUAAGUAAAUGGACACCAAAGCAAGUACUGGACUGGAUGAAAGGUCUGGAUGACUGUCUCCAGCAGUACGUGAAGAGUUUCGAGCGGGAGCAGAUGGGGGGAGAGCAGCUGCUACACAUCACCCAUCAGGAGCUGGAGGAGUUGGGUGUCACCAGAAUAGGACAUCAGGAGCUCAUCCUGGAAGCUGUCGACCUCCUCUGUGCCCUGAACUACGGCCUAGAGACAGAGAACCUGCGGACUCUGUCCCACAAACUGAACGCUUCGGCAAAGAACCUUCAGAAUUUUAUCCUGGGCCGGCGGAGGGGCGGCCACUAUGACGGACGAGCUUCCCGGAGGCUACCCAAUGAUUUCCUCACCUCAGUUGUGGAUCUCAUUGGUGCAGCCAAAAACCUUCUGGCCUGGCUUGACAGGUCUCCAUUUGCCAGUGUGACUGAGUAUUCAUUACUGAAGAACAACAUUGUGCAGCUCUGCCUUGAAUUAACUACCAUUGUACAACAGGACUGCACUGUGUACGAGACAGAGAAUAAGAUUCUCCACGUGUGUAAGACCUUAGCAGGGAUAUGCGACCACAUCAUCUCUCUGUCGUCAGACUCUCUGGUCUCUCAAUCUGCUCAUCUGGAGGUGGUCCACCUCACCAGCAUCAUGCCCAGUGAAGGCCUGGGGAUGUAUAUCAAAUCGACGUAUGAUGGACUCCACGUCAUCACUGGAACCACAGAAAACUCUCCAGCAGAUCAGUGUAAGAAGAUCCACGCAGGUGACGAGGUGAUCCAAGUCAACCACCAGACAGUGGUGGGCUGGCAGCUGAAGAACCUGGUCAACGCUUUGAGAGAGGACCCGUGCGGAGUCAUCCUCACAUUGAAGAAAAGACCCCAAAACACCCUGAGCUCCACGCCGGCUCUGCUCAGGAACGUCCGCUGGAAACCACUGGGCCUGCAGCCGGUACCCACCAGCCCUACCAACACCUCUCCUACACCUGUCGGAACUUUGGGCAUGUCCAAAAUGGACGCCCCGAGCAUGCAGGACGUCUAUAUCCUUUCUCCUGUUUCUGGACUCUACAGCACCAGGGAGGAGAUGGGUUUGAUGUCAUGCGACGACAUCAGCCGGUACAGCGUGAGCUCCCAGUCAGGCUCCAAAGGUUCAGAGGCGGUUAGCUACUACCUGGAUCAGGACAGCGGUCAGUACUUCUCUCUGCUGGAGGGAGACGGACCUCCAGGGUCUGACUACGACAGGGGCCGCAAUACAGGGGUUCGUCGGCGGGACAAGACCCCCACUCAUGGUGACCUCAGACCUGUUUCCAUGCCUCCCGAAUAUAACUGGAUGGCCGAGGCCAAGGAACCCAGCAUGGGCAAGAGAGGGAGCCGAGAUUCAGACAACUCCCUGCUGCGUUACCUCAGCGACGACAAGAUCCUGGUGAUCGAGGAGGAGCCUGAGGGUCCGGGGAGGGAAAGCCGGCGGGAUUCCACCAGACGCUCUCGGCGCAAGAGUCGCAAUCCCAGCAGCCCUAGCUUUCCCAUCAGCCCUUCUAUGCUGUCCUCCACACUGCGCCUAGACCAGCCACCCGAUGCUUUGCCUCGGGGUGCGGACACACUGCGAGCAGACACAACAGACAGGUACUCAGGCUCAGGAAGCUCAGGAGCGGCCUCCAUGAGGAAGUCUUUCCAUUACACCUCUCUAAGAACGAAACCCAAAAAGAGAAGUAAAGGUUCCCUCACUAGUGCCAGUCGAAGGAGAAUCUCCUGUAAGGACCUGGGCCAUGGUGACUGUGAGGGAUGGUUGUGGAAGAAGAAGGAUGCAAAAGGAUACUUUACGCAGAAAUGGAGGAAGUACUGGUUCAUCCUCAAAGAGUCUUGUCUCUACUGGUACACCAACCAGAAUGAUGAGAAAGCUGAGGGCUUCAUCAGCCUCCCUGAGUUCAGAAUAGACCGAGCCAUAGAGUGCAGACGGAAAUUUGCCUUCAAAGCUUGUCAUCCCAAAAUCAAGAGCUUCUUCUUCGCCACAGAUUGUCUUGAGGAAAUGAAUAGGUGGAUGAACCGGCUUGGGUUGGCUGCUAUUGGCUACACACCAGAUGACAAAGUGCCACGCCCUGAUGAAGACUACUGGAGUGAGAGUGAUCAAGACGAGGUCGAUGGUUCGAUGACACUCAAGCAGGAGGGACCCUCAUCUCUCUGCGAUACUUAUCACCGCACACCAUCAGUCAAUUCUUCUAGCCCCUUCCCAGAGCCAAAGCACGGCCGACAUUUCUCCAGUGAGUCCACACACUCCCACUCCUCGGCCGAGGACCAGCGUGGAGACGGCAUGGGCAUGGGCACAGGCACGGGGAGCACCAGUACCCACUCAUCCGGUUGCCGCUCUUCCCAUCGUGAACGACGCUCCUGGCAGGACCUCAUUGAAACCCCUCUGACCAGCGCAGGGCUGCACUUCCUCCAGACAGCACCAGGGGAAAGUGAUUAUGGCCUAAUGGGGAGCAUGGCCGGAGAGAUGGGGCUUUACGGAGGGCUGGGCAGACAGGGCAUGUCUCCGGAGAGACGUAGGCAGGCCACGCUGCCCGUACGGAGACACCACGCCGCAGAGAGGGACAGGGAACGGGACGGGCCCUUCCCUCUAGAGCGAGGCCCACACUCACACAGCCACACACACCGACGCUCCCACAAGCAACGCAGCCAGAGUCUGCCCAGGAAUAGAGACCCGAUGCCAGGAAAGCUGUUACACACCUCAGCUCAUAUGGAGGAGAGAAGCGAAGAUGAGGAGGCGGAGGGGCAGGCUGCAGAUAUGCUCGAGGGUGAGGAGGACCUGCGGGAGUUGAGAGUUGAGAGCAGAGAGAGGAGGGUGUCUGAGGGACGGGAGCGAAGAGUGUCGGAAGGCCGUGAGCCAGAGACGUUGGAUGGGCUAGAGCAGUUGUACCGAGCCCUGGAGCAAGCCAACGUGACAGCCCUAGGAGACCCAAAACCCUGUAGCAGGCAGGAGCUUCGACGGUGUUUCACUCAGAGAGCCAGAGACCCCCUGCUAAAUGACAGGCUGCACCGGGUCCGAGCCCUCCGCAGCACCUUGAAGGCCAAAGAGUCGGAGCUGUCAGUAAUCUGUGCCCUCCUGGAGGAACCUGGCCUGUGCUCCCAGACCUUCAGAGAGUGGAAGCAGUGGCACAGCGAGCUCUACUCAGACAUCUGCCAGCUCAGCCCCGGCACCAACGGCCAGGAUGACCUCUCCCCUCUGGCCGCACCUCUCAUGACCCACACACAUUCCUUCAUUGAGACGCACGUGUGA